AUGAAUUGGAGUCAACAAGACUUCGAUUUCGUCACAAAUUCGGGAUGGGCUUUUCCCACUAUGAUGGGAAUGAUCUCUGCACAAAUUGAUGGAAGACACAGUUCUGACGAAUGCAUUCAUCGGUAUGCCCAAGUUCAUGGGAUACAACUCCCAGAAGUGGCUGUGGAGGUGUUUCCACAGCCCAUACCCAAGAGAAGUUUGAUGCAGAAGAUCCAAGAAGCUUUGGGUGAAAAUGCCAGAAGCUUCAAAGAGAUUCUCGGUGAAUUUAUCAAGCAGAAGAUAAAUUCUGAUGAGUUUCUCAAGAGCCUGGAACAAUAUGGUCUCAGAGAUCUGGCCUCUGAGAUUUCCAAUUCCCUCGCUGAGAAACACCCAAGACGCAAAAUGGAAUUUGAUAUUUAUGUGUAUAUAUUUAUAGAGUUUGAUUCAUAUUUGUGGUAA